AGAAAGCUCUAUAGCUAAUCAUUUCGACUCUCCAUUGCAAUCUCAUCAAAGACAAUAGAAAGAAACAAAAGGAUUUGAAUGUGUAUCAUUGACCGACCCGCAUGUAUUAGUAUUAUAAUCGAUCGAGAUAUUUUAAAAUUGAUACGUGGAAUGUGUUAGACUGUGUGGAACAUCUAUGAUAUUUACUUCGAUUUUCUUUCCAGAUAGAAUUUGCCUUGAAGCUAGAGUAGCCUUCCUUGAACUGUUAUGAAAUUAACUUUACAUCAGACAUCUGCGAUUGGUUUUAUUCUAUACGGCUACAUCUCUGACGAAUGAGAGAAUGCUCUACCACUUGUUAACUACAAAGGCUGCACUUUUAAUCAUUAGUGCUACUCGAGUUCCGUAUGCAAUGUGUCUUAACAAUGAAACACGUAGUCCAGAAUUUGCUCUACAAGAAGAAUUAUUUAAAACUUACAACAGGCACAUCAAACCAGUUAAGGAUUAUUCCAAAAUAAUACCGUUGGGAAUAAAACUGUAUAUUUUAUCUCUACAAGAAUUGGAUAUGAAGUCGCAGACAUUACACACUGCAACGUGGUUAGAGGUCUUUUGGAAAGAUGAAUAUCUUGCAUGGAAUUCGAGUGAAUUCUCCGACAUCCAAUACCUCCGACUACCUGCGGAUAAAGUCUGGGUUCCAUCCAUUUGUAACAUUCGAGAAAUCUCUGGUAAACGAUGUGUGACGUACGGAUCUGUUGCAGACACAAGUAGUGAAGUUUCGGUUGACAGUUCCGGACAGGUUGUUCUUGGAGAAGGCAUUCAAAGCAUCAUUAUGUGUGCAUUUAACACCCAGAAGUUUCCUUUUGACACUCAGACAUGUGAAUUUGAAUUCUUUCCCACAAACUAUUUUAUACAUGGCAUACAUAUUAUCUACAACCAGUCGAAAUUGAUAACCGAGUAUUUUGCAGAAAACGGAGAAUGGAAUUUGGUGUCAUCAAACAUGAAAAUGGACGUGAAAAAUAUAAUAAAAAUGUGUGUUGUGUUAAGAAGGAGACCUUUGUUUCUAACGUUGUCUUUAGUGUUUCCAAUCGUCGCCUUGUCCAUCAUGAAUGCUUUCUGUUUUCUGUUGCCAAUUGAGUCCGGAGAAAAAAUGGGAUUGUCUGUUGCUCUGUUUCUAACGUUUGCCGUUUUUGGAAGCAUUCUAAGCGACUCAAUGCCCCAAAACUCCGAGAAUAUUUCGUUGUUCGUUGUCUACGUAACAAUUCAAAUUUUCCUCAGUGGCGUCAGUGUUGUCAUGGAAACUGUUGUGUUGCGUGUCUAUUACACAGAGGUGUGUUCGUCAUUACCAAAACCUGCAUGUGUACGGGGAAAAAGUAUAGCAUCUCUUUCUGAUGAUCCUUUUGAUAAAUCAUUACAGAAAAUGAAAGAUUUAGAUCGUUCAAAUUCUAUGUUACACGGAACUCGAAUGAAUCAUGGAGAGAAAUGGAAAACUCGGGCAAGAAGACUGGACAAAAUCUUAUUGCUUUUAAAUGUUCUCACAAACAUUGUUACUAUAUGUAUUUUCGCAUCUUUCUUGGCUUAGAUGUUGCUUGAAAAUAUUGUUUAUUUUAUGAUAUUGAGCUGAAAAACAUAUGUAUGUCUUCAAGAGACGAAACGUAACUACAUGUCUGUGUAAAGUAACUACGAAAAAUUCAAGUUUUAGGUGUCGUAUGAAUUACAAUGUAAACCAUCUAUCAGAUAACAUGACUGUUUAAAAAUUAGAAAUAUGCAGUUUAUAAUUUACAAUUUAUAAAUCAACUUAUCCUAUCCCAGAAUUGUAACACAUGCUCUGUUGGUGUAAUAAAUUCAUGUAAAUAAAUCCGUGAUUUAUCAAGACUAUAACAAAUGUGUGCCAACGACUGUAUGCAUGCUCCUAUUUUAAAAACAAUGUUAUCACUUUU